GGGUCAGUGGAGAGAGAGGGAGAGAGGGCGCGUCUAUUUAAACUGGGUCCUAUGGGGAGGUGGGAGGGAGACGGGGAUUGUGUUCGUGGGAGCGAGCCCGGCGCUCAGGCAGCCUCGCUGCCCCACCAAGACCGACAUGGUGUGGGGUCGCUGAGGACUGUCCCGCCGCAGUGACCCCCUUCCAUCCGGAGCCGCUGGUCUGAUGUUACAGCCCGAGCCGUGAGCACCAAUUCCCUGAAUCCCUGCCAAGCCCCGGACACCUGAUCUCCUCUCCGACGGCUGCUCCGUUUUUCGUCCAGAAUUCGGUCCCUGUUACUGGGAACAGGCAGGGUAAUGAUGAAGCCUUUCCACUCUACUCCUGCCAUGCUCAAUGUCCCAGCCAAGAACUCCUACCGCAUGGUGAUCCUGGGCGCCUCCAAAGUGGGGAAGUCGUGCAUCGUGUCGCGCUUCCUCAACAGCAGGUUCGAGGAGCUCUACACCCCUACUAUUGAAGACUUCCACAGCAAGGUUUACAACAUCCGUGGCGACAUCUAUCAGCUCGACAUCCUCGACACAUCCGGCAACCACCCCUUCCCUGCCAUGAGGAGGCUCUCCAUCCUGACAGGUGACGUGUUCAUCCUGGUCUUCAGCUUGGACAGCCGAGGGUCCUUCGAGGAGGUGCAGCGGCUGCGCAGGCAGAUCAUCGAGUGCAAGAUGUGCCUGAAGGACAAGACCAAAGAGGCGAUGGAGAUCCCCAUGGCUCUGUGCGGCAACAAGGCGGACCGUGCCGAGCUGCACCGGGAGGUCCUGACCGAGGAGGGCGAGCGGCUGGUCGCCGGUGACGCCAACAGCGUCUACUUCGAGAUCUCGGCCAAGAAGAACUCCAACGUGGAGGAGAUGUUCCGGGCCCUGUUCAGCAUGGCCAAGCUCCCCCACGAGAUGAGCCCCGCCCUCCACCGCAAGAUCUCCCUGCAGUACUGCGAGGCUCUGCACCGCAAGUCCUUCCGCCUCAGGCGCGCCAAGGAGGUGGGGGCCUUCGGCAUGGUCUCGCCCCUGGCCCGCCGGCCCAGCGUCAACAGCGACCUGAUGUACAUCAAGGAGAAGGUGAUGGGCCGGGGGCAGCCCAGAGAGCGGGAGAAAUGCCUCAUCCAGUGACGGCCACCCAAGGGUGGGGCAGUCAGCAGUCCCAGGUCCAGCUCGCCCAGCUGCCCCUAACCCCCACCCCGCGGGACAUCAGAUGCCCAUCGUCGCCAGGUUCAAAACAGAAACUAAACGUGCUGAUGAUUUGUAAAUAAAUGCAAGUCCUUUUGCUGGAUGUCCAGUCGUUUCUCAGUGGGAAGCCAAUAAGAAGCUGCUGUCCAGCCCGCCCACUAACUCCGCCUCCUGCCCAGCCCCGCCCACUGCCCAACCCCGCCCACUAACUCCGCCUCCUGACCAACCCCGCCCACUAACUCCGCCUCCUGCCCAACCCCGCCCACUAACUCCGCCUCCUGCCCAACCCCGCCCACUAACUCCGCCCACUACACAACCCUGCCCACUGCCCAACCCUGCCCAUUAACUCCGCCUCCUUCCCAACCCCGCCCACUAACUCCGCCUCCUGCCCAGCCCCGCCCACUAACUCCGCCUCCUGCCCAACCCCGCCCACUAACUCCGCCUCCUGCCCAACCCCACCCACUAACUCCGCCUCCUGCCCAACCCCGCCCACUAAC